AUGAGCUACGUCCGGCGCAUGACGCCAACCGACCUGCUCUCUUUGAAUUUAACGAAUCUCGACCCUCUCACGGAAAAUUAUGAUCUGGGCUUUUACCUCAACUACUUGAUGCGCUGGCCCUCGCUGUUCAGCGUAGUACAAGGUCACGAUGCAGGAAUUGUGGGUUAUAUCAUGGGUAAGCUAGAGGAACAGCCGGCGGCCCUACGACAGUCUGAACACUAUACCCCCUGGCACGGCCAUAUUACCGUAUUAACGGUUGCUCCCUCGUCGAGACGGCUUGGCCAUGCACGGCGGUUGACAGAGAGCCUGGAGCAUGUGUCAGACAACAACGAUGCGUGGUUUGUCGAUCUAUAUGUACGCGCAACAAACAAGGUCGCCGUUGACAUGUACAAAGGCAUGGGGUAUUCCGUCUUUCGACGUGUGGUCAGCUACUAUCAAGAUGAUCCGAGCGGAAUGUCCGAGGAAGGCGAAGAUGCUUUCGACAUGCGGAAACCAUGCAGUCGAGAUAAAGACCUCAUACACGUUCGCGAAAAUGGAGAGGGCUUUCCAGUCAGUCCUGAGGAUGUUUAUUAA